GCCUGUUGGGAUACGUGUGGGAAACAUUGGUGGGAACGUUGGCUUCUUUCAGUGAAGUUGGCAUACAUCUUUUGUAAAUGAUUUAAUGCUUAUUGUUCUGUUCUGCACGAAUAGGAGCAGUAGGCAUAAGUUUUUCUCUUCUAGAUCAACUUUUCAGACCCGCCCCCAUCCAUCAGGAGUCUUCAAAAACGCUGACUGAGUCAUGAAUGGUGCAACAUCCCAACAACAACAAGGAGGAACCAUCUCAAGGGACAAGGUUUUAAAACGUGGUCUCCACCCCCAAGACUGGAGUGAGUAUGGCCCGGAACACCCCAGGCACCUGAUUCCUGCACUCCUCCGACAGUUUUAUCACCUGGGAUGGGUCACUGGCACUGGAGGGGGGAUCAGCAUCAAGCUUGGAGAUGAAAUCUACAUUGCACCUUCAGGGGUCCAGAAGGAACGCAUACAGCCUGAUGACAUGUUUGUAUGUAAUAUGGAGGAAGAGGACAUCUCCUGCCCUCUCCCUAGCAAGAACCUGAAGAAGAGCCAGUGUACCCCGCUGUUUAUGAAUGCCUACACAAUGAGAGGUGCAGGAGCAGUGAUCCAUACCCACUCCAAGGCUGCUGUCAUGGUAACACUACUGAACCCUGGGAAGGAGUUCCGGAUCACCCAUCAAGAGAUGAUCAAGGGCAUUAGAAGGGGAAAGUCAGGAGGGAACUACAGGUACUUUGAUGAGCUGGUUGUACCCAUAGUGGAGAACACACCUGAAGAGAAAGAUCUCAAGGAGCGUAUGGCUCGUGCCAUGGAGGAGUACCCAGAAUCCUGUGCGGUAUUGGUGCGGAGACAUGGGGUGUACGUGUGGGGAGACACGUGGGAGAAGGCAAAGAGCAUGUGUGAAUGUUAUGACUACCUGUUUGACGUUGCUGUACAGAUGAGACAGUUUGGCCUGGACCCCGCCCAGAAGCCUGACCCUGCUGUGGAGAAAGGCAUUGUUUGAACCACAGGAUACAUACAUGGACUUGGUUCUCGCUUCUGCAAAUUCUAUAAAGUGGAAAGAUAGUUUUACUUUUAUGAUGCUUAUAUUUGAUGUAAUUUUUCAAAUUCAAAGCUUUAAGAAUGUUAAAAUGUGACUUAUUUCACCAAUGUGCCAGACGUUGUACCUAGUGUUGCCAGGUAUUAUUUCUACAUAUAUGUCACAAAUAUUGAGUGAACACAACCUACCUGCAGAGGUUGUUGUGCCUCAUACAGAUCCAUUUGUUGUACAGUUUGUUAAUAUCAUCUUGACUUCAAUGUGAUCAAAGUUAAAUAGGGAUAGAGCAAUUUUUGAUAGCACAAUCAAACUUAUAGCUCCAAUGAGAAAUGACAUUGUCCUUGUCUUAGAUUUCCCUACAUUAAGAAUAGCUAUUCUAAGCAGAUAAGGCUAUAUGUGAACUAUUUGUUAGUUCAUACGUUAGACUUGAGUGAUUCAACUGCAGAUAAAUUGAAUGAUAAAUCUUUGUUACAAGUUGCGGAAUUGUAGAUAUUGGAAAUAUUGCAGCACGUUUGUCCUUUGGAUGGAAUUCCUUUGCAUGUGUCAGUGAUGAAUAUGUUGUAUCAAAGUUUGGAGAUUUUCAUCCAAUGUUGAUUAAAUUAACUGGUCAUUUGAUCACCCCCUACUAAACAACAUGUAACUACUUACUACUUACAGCACCCCACACCAUGCCUCUUGAUAACAUCAUCAUAAAGCUGCAGUUAUUUGUAAUUAUUUCAAUGUGCCAUAGUUAAGCAGUCAUUGCUGGUUAGAAAUAAACAUCUAAAAUUUC